GUGACACAAAUACAUAUUUUUGUACCUUGAGAUGGUUCAAAAAUAUAUCAGUGUUGUAAAAGAAGUUGGAGGCCUAUGUCACUCAUUCGAUUAUAGAUCGAUAGUUCGAAAUCGCAUUCGAAGAUAUCGGUUAGAGUCAGUCAGUCAGUUAGAUAAGAAAAAAGACCCCCAUGUAAACAGUAUUGCACAAGUUUGAGUAACAAGUGUAUGUUAUAUUUUUAUCAGAAACGAGGAAAAUUUCUUAAAAAUGUCGAAAAUUUUUACACCAACGAAUCAAAUAAGAUUAACCAACGUUGCUGUAGUUCGUAUGAAAAAAGCAGGAAAGCGAUUUGAAAUUGCUUGUUACAGGAACAAGGUUAUCUCGUGGAGAAAUAAACUAGAAAAAGAUAUUGACGAAGUUUUACAAACUCAUACAGUAUUUAUAAAUGUCUCAAAAGGCCAAGUAGCAAAAAAAGAAGACCUUAUAAAGGCUUUUGGUACAGAUAAUCACACAGAAAUCUGUAAAGAAAUUCUUACAAAAGGAGAACUUCAGGUUUCUGAUAAAGAGAGACAUUCUGCUUUAGAUUCUAUGUUUAAAGAUAUUGCUACAACUGUUGCUGACAAAUGUAUAAAUCCAGAAAAUAAACGCCCAUAUACAAUAACUAUGAUAGAAAAAGCCAUGAAAGAUAUACAUUUUUCUGUGAAGCCAAAUCGAAAUGCAAAACAACAAGCUUUGGAUGUAAUUCCUCAAUUAAAAGCUGUAAUUCCAUUAGAACGAGCUCAAAUGAGACUCAGAGUUGCAGUCCCAGAUAAGGAGGCUAAAAAGUUAAGAGAUAAAAUAAUAAAAUUAGUAACAAAAUUAGAAACAGAAGAAUGGGAUAACGGAACAUUAAAUUUGGUUUGUUUAAUUGAUCCUGGACAUUAUAGAGAGAUAAAUGAACUAGUAAGAUCGGAAACUAAAGGUUCUGGUUUAUUGGAAUUACUUAAUUUAAAAGAAAUUGUUGAAGGAGAUGAAAUUUUAGAAUAAAUUAAUUGUAUUGAAUGUUA